AUUGGAGCUCGAGAGAAGCUCGGCGAGCACGCCAAACCCGACCGUCGGGGGAGAAAGCGAGACGUGGCCCGAGCCCGACUCCCUCGCCCAACGCUCCACUCCCAUCACCACCACCUCCUCCGCGGCUCCCCGUCCGCCCCCCUCGUCCCCGACCCCGGCGAUGGCGGCAGCGCAGCAGAAGCCCGCCAAGCGGCUGGGCGGCAUGGCGGAGGCGCUCGCCAUCGCCGCCGACCUCGGGUUCCCCGCCCCUCCGCCGCAGGAUGAUCAGGGUAGCACAGACAAAAGCGAUGAUUUAGUGAGGGUUUUGAGGGAACUGACUGUUGUGCAGAGGAACAUUGCCAACUUGCAAGUGGAGCUACAGGGAAGAAAGGAUGAUAAAAACAUUGCUCACUUGACACAUGUUAGUGAGAUGGAAAAGAAGUGUGAAUCUUUGGCCAAAAUAACUUCUAUUUUGAAAGAUGUUAUUCAGAACAAGGAUCGCAUUAUUGCCCGGUUGCAACAACCUUAUUCCCUUGAUUGCAUACCUGUUGAAGCUGAAUACCAGAAACAAUUCUCGGAGCUACUUCUGAAAGCAGCAAGUGACUAUGGGGCACUGACAGCAUCGGUCGGUGAUUUCCAGUGGAGCCAGAACUUUAGGGAGCCACCUGCUGUCUGGGGGGAAAUGCUGCGGCCAAUACCUGCUGCACUUGCUUCCUGCACCCGGUUCUUUGAGGCCAUGUCUGCGAUGAGGGAAUCCUUCUCGACUCUUCAGAAGCUGCGCGUCGGCCAUUCCUCUCUAUUGAUGACCCCAAGCGGCCCUAGCGGCGAUUCAAAGUUCUUGACACCACCCCAAUGGAGAGACAGCUCAAUGCUUGAUAGCUGGAAGCAGGUGGAUGACAUCAACCCCGAGAGCGACGGGCUCGACAGCAUGAACAGGAGAUUGUCAUGGCCGUCCUCCAUCAAGAGGGACCCGUAGUUCACUGAUCACCCACGUUGAAUUUGUGUUUGUAUCUUGUAUAAAUAGGGAUAUAUAUACCGUCUUGUUAGUUUGUCAUUCAUAACUUUAAAAAAAAAAAGGUUUGUCAUUCAUUUUUUGUGCUUUGGGCCCGAUUACUUGGAUCCAUUUGGCGUGUUCGAGCUAAGUGAGAGAUGAUGUUAGAAAUGAUUUGUUAAGUUUCUUACUAAAAUCGAUAUUCUGGCAAA